AGAUUUUAUGACAGUAUCAAACAAUGGAAUGGCGAUGCCGUCUGUUCCGCCAAAAAUCGACUGCUCCGAGGCAAUUCAGGAUUCUCCAAAAUUCCGCGCAACAGUCGCUCAACAUGCAAUGUAUUUUAAUCGAUUAGAGAAUCGGCUCAACGAAAUGCUCCGACACAUCACUGCAAUGAUUGAUUUCAGCAAAAAUUAUACGAACACGUUUUACAAAUUAACGGUUUCGGUGAAUCAAUUAUGCGAUGAAAGCUUCUCCGGCAAUCCAUUGGCGUCUACAACAUUCCAAGGAUUAUCAGAAGCCUAUGCACACACUGUUAACCUAUUUCGCACGUAUUUCGACCAUUCAAAUGUGGUCACUUUCACGAAACUGUCGAAUUUCAUUAAAAUUGAGCUCACAAAAGUGGCAGAAUCCCGUGCACAUUUUGAGAAUAUGUCCCAAUCAAUGGAUGAUGCAUUAGUCAAAAAUGCGAGUAUUUCAAGGCAAAAGCCUGCAGAUGCGACAGAAGGGCGAAAUGCACUUACUGCGGUCGGCACUUGCUUCGCACACACCACACUCGACUACGUGGCAAAUAUUAAUAUUGCACAUGCACACAAGGACCAUAUGAUUCUCGAUGCGUUGUGGACACUGGUUCGCGAAUCGUCGGCGUUCUUCUCAAAAGGGCACGCCACGUUCGACGAGUGGACAGCUGCCGACAACGGAGCAAUCGCCGACACAAUUCAGACAUUUGCUGCUAAAUCGAAGCUCAUCGAACGUAAGAUGCAGGAUGUACAUUCGCUUGUUCCAAAGGAAAUGUUCCAACACCCAUCGGGUAUGCCAAUCGAGCCAGAUGUGAUGAUGGAAGGAUAUCUCUACAAAAGAUCGUCGAACGCCUUCAAAACCUGGAAUCGACGAUGGUUUCAGAUAAAGGAUAAGCAGUUGCUCUACUCGCACCGAUCCACAGAUCUCGAGCCGGCAACCAUCAUGGAAGAGAAUCUUCGCAUUUGUCUCGUUCGUCCAGCCCCGUCUAAUAUCGAUCGAAUCGGAUGUUUCGAGCUCGUCACUCCAACUCGGAUUCACUUGCUCCAAGCGGAUUCGGAAUCUCUGUGCCAAGACUGGAUGCGGGCUCUUCAACGAACUAUUCUCGCACUUCAUGAGGGUGACUCUGUCGAUGUGGCUUCUACGAGUCCACGUAAUAAGACGACUUCCAUGUCAUCAGGUGUUACUUUGACAAGUGCUAACGCGAUUUCUCCGUUAUCGAAUGCAAUGGAUGUCACGAAAGGAAGAUCGGUGUCGGAUCCGGCGUCGACAUACACCUCCGCAAACACUUCAUCCAUCUCCACGGCCGCCGGCUUUUCCUCUUCCACGACCGCAUUCGAACAAGUCCGCCGCGUCCCAGGCAACGAAGUUUGUGCGGAUUGUGGCUCACCGGCUCCAAAAUGGGUGAGCAUCAAUCUGGGCGUUGUGCUCUGCAUUGAAUGCUCCGGAGCUCAUCGAUCACUGGGAGUUCAGACGUCGAAAGUUCGAUCACUUUGUAUGGAUUCAAUCGAUAAUGAGCUUCGGGAUGUGCUUCUCGCAUUGGGAAAUCGACAAGUUAAUGAAAUUUUCCUAGCACAUCUCCCACCGGCCGAUUCAAUUGUUCCACCGCAAAUCAAUGAAAAAUCGGCAAGACCGGCACGUGAAGCAUGGAUUAAGGCGAAAUACGUGGAACGGAGAUUCGCGGUGGCCGAGGAUACACGGGCGAGAAGUUCGGCCACGAAUCGACAGGAACAUUUGAAGCAUAAGACGAGUAUUGGAGGAAAUAGUAGUAGUAAUGGAGUGAAUAGGAGUAGUUCGUAUGCAGAUGUUCAGGAUGCUGAAAGUGGGGGAUUAUUAGAUGCUGAUCCGUGGUCUGCCGACCUAUCGGUUCCAGUGCCAACUGCCUCGAAACGUCUCUCCGCUUGUGGUUCAGACACGAAUCUCGAUGCCAUCGGUUCCUCAUCAAUUGACACAAAAACUGUUGAAUGGGAUUCCGUAAAAGAAGCAUGUGAAUGUGGAGAUCUUUUGGCUCUGAUGACAGCUUAUGCUCAAGGAUUUGAUCUGAAUGCACUGCACAAUGGAACCACUGCACUUCAUAUUGCCACAAGGAAUGGGCAAACUGCUGCAGUAGAGUUUUUAUUGCUCAAUGGAGCGAAGAUUAAUAUGCUCGAUGAGAAGUUGAAUACGCCAUUGCAUUUGGCUGCAAAGGAGGGACAUACCUUACCCGUGUGCCAACUUCUGAAACGUGGUGCUGACAGUAACCUAGCAAAUGUGGACAGCAAGACACCGUUGGAUAUCGCAAUGGAGUGCACACAUGCAGAUAUUGUUACGCUAUUCCGUGUGACAAUAAUGCGAAACGACUUCAACGCGGACUUCAACAACCCGAUGGACGAAACCGUGGAGGCAGUCAUCUCGGAUAUUGCUCGCCGAGCCGCCACAGAGAAAGAGCAAAAGAAGACAGAAUCGCUGAAGAGCACUAGUGACAUUUAGAUUUGUUUUUUCUUCGCCGACAAUUUUCCCCCCGCCAUAAUUUUUUUCCUGUUUUUCAACAUUUCCAGCCAAAUUUCUAUCGCUUCUCUUCAUAAAUCUUUGUUUGUAAAUACGCCCCCCCCCCCCCCCCCC